AUGACAGGUGACAAUUAUCAUCAAAAUAAUAAUAACAAUUUUAUUGUUACUAGAAAACAAUAUCCAUUAGUAUCUAAUAAAGAAUUAAAGAACAUAUCCGAGCAACUUUUUGAUGAGCUUCCUAAUAUUUUACAUUCACUCAAUCUUAAUUUUCAAGUAAAAAAGUAUUCUAAAAGUACAAAAGAUGAAUGUCUAUUCCCUUUAUUUACAAUACCAAAAGAAUUUUUUGAAUCUUUUCCAAUAUUACAAUUAAUAUAUAAAUUAUAUGACAAUUACAAUAUAUAUUCUAAUCAUGCAGAAGAUAUGACAGUAGAGGAAAACAUAGAGGAAAAUGCUUUUAUUAAUAGCUUACUCGAUACUAAGAUUAUGGCAAAUACAAUGAAUUUUUUAGCCACAAAAGGUUAUUUUAGAAAAAAUUUAGAUACAUACAAACAAAUCAUAAAGAAAAUAUGGUUCGGUUUGUACUCCAGAUCUAAUCAUACUAGCUUAGGAAGUUCUGGCUUUGAGCAUGUAUUUUUAGUAGAACAGAGAAAAGAUCGUCGUAUUAUAGGUUUACAUAAUUGGAUUUUUUUUGCAAUCGAAGAGUCGAAUGAAAAAGUGAAUUAUUUAGGAUAUAUCAACAAUAAACGAAUAGAUAAUAAAGCAGUUGUAGCAGAAUUGUACUUUAACUAUUUAAAUAAAACUAAAUCAUCGUCAAUGUUUAUUGGAACAUUACCAGAGUUUGACAUAGCUCUUUAUACUAUAUGCUUUUUUACAAGACCAAAUAAGAAUUGUAAUAUUCAAUUAAAAAAUGAAAAAAUUACAAUUCAAUCUUGGGUGCAACAUUCACAUAAUGAAAAAUUUAUUGCUUCAUCAUUUCCUAAAGUUUAA